UCGAAAAAUUUGAAAUUCGCGAAAUUUGAAGAGUCACCUUACUUUUUGAACACACCUCGUAUAUUAAUAAGAUCAGAGUUUAAAAAUUAGGUUUAGGUUACAGAAAGUAGUUUUCAAACUAAAAAAAUUUAUUAGGAAACAUCACAAAAAAUCAGUCAUAACAGUUAUUAACCAAAAAUUCUCUCAAGCCGGCUAAAACAAGAUCGCAAUCGCUCUUCACUAUUAUGAUUUUCCAGCGAUUUUCACCUGCUCAAAACACAAAAGCUUUUCAUUUUCUACCACACUUCAUGAGAGACAACAAAUUAAGAGAUUGGGAGUGUAAAAGCAAGAGAAGAAAAGCCAAAGAAGAGGUUUUCCGAUGCAAAUGCCAUUCGGUUUUCCUUUCGGCUUUGGUAUUAGUGCCCACAGACACCAACACGCAAACAUACCAAUACACACACACACCAAUACACAUACACAGCGGAUGCUGACUGUUUGCAAAAAGAAAAUGGAACAGAAAGCCCAACAUCACAAAGUUGCCCGCCAUCUCUCCACGUUUCUAUGUGUGCGUCUGUGGGUGUGUGUAUGUGUGUGAGUGUUAUUUGUGCGUAAGUAUGCGUGUUCGUUUCUGCUCGGCAAAACGAAAACGCUCGUCUGCAGCACUUAUCUUCAUGGGAUAAAUCUCGCAACUGGCCGCCGCAGUCUGUUUUCUAUACGGGCGUAAAGCGGUCGUCGAGCACGGUUAAAAGAGCUACACAAAAACCAAAAGAAAAAAAAAACAUACCAAACAACUUAAAAACAACAACAAAUAAAACCGAAGAUAUAAAACGAAAAACAAUAGGCAGAAAGAAAGAAAAAGAAAAUUAUAAACAAAAAUUGAGAGAAAAAAACCAAACAAAACCAAGAAAACAACAAUUAAACGACAAAUGCAAAUAGCAAGCGGAAGGAGUUAAAUAAAUAGAGCCAAGGAUAAAACCCAACCCCUAGACACCAAAAAAAGAAAAAAAAGAAAAAUAUAUAAAGAAAAAACUGAUACAAAAGAGAAGCCAAAUGAGGGAAAAUGAAGUGCCAAAGUGUUGAAAAUAAAGCGAAAGCCAAGAGACGAAAUUGAAAUCGAGUAGAAAAGCCGCCCAACCAUCGCCCAGUAAACAAAAACAACAACUUAACAGAGAAUAAGAAAAGAUUUUUCCCCCGUUCAGUUUUUUCUCGGUAACGCGCGCAUUCACCGUUUCCGUUUCGUUUCGUUACGUUACGUUACGUUACGUUCAGUCUUUCGUUUCGUUACGUUUCGUAACCGUUUUGAUUACUGUCGUUUGUCCCGUAACCGUUUACCGUUUCGCGUUUCCCGUUUCCCGUUUCGCUCGGCAAACAUUUAAAUGGCUACCAGCUGCUUAUGAUGGAGACAUUCCUCGUCCUCGGCCUGUGUUUCAUCCUGUACGAGGCAUUGGAUUUCUUUCAGGGCUGCAUACAUAGCAAUACCCCAUCGCCCAGCGAUCAAAUCGAAGCCUAUCGUCGCGAACUUGACGAACAGCGUCAGCAGCAGCAGCAGGAACAAUUCCUUGCUGGAUUGACGCCAUUGCUGGGCGCUCAAUUUGCCGCUGCCGCCGCCGCCGCGGCCGCUGCUGCCGGUUCGCAGUCGACGUUGGGCAGCACAACAACGCCAACAGCCUCAACGGCCAGUGUGAUUAGUGAUUCAUAUGAUCAAGAAUCUCAAUCUCAAUCUCAAUCUCAAUCGCAAUCUCAAUCUCAAUCUAAUCAGAAUCAACAACAUUCUUUAAGUACUCCGGGACUAUUUCGUCCAGCUGCCUUGGGCUAUUACGAUCCAGAGGAUCCAUUACAUGCCACAAACUCUCUGCCCCGUGACUAUUACUAUCUACAGCAGCAACAGCUAAAGAAUAAAGUUAGCUCAAGAUCGUUACUAUCGAAAUUCUCGUCAACCAAUUCGGAUAAUCGUAUACAUCCGGAAGCUGGUGCCGGUUCGGGGCAUCAUCAUAGUGCCCUUGGUGCAGCAGCUGUUAUAACCAGUCAGCCAUUGCCAGCCGGCGGUGAGAUACCAUCGAGUCUAUUCGAUCAGCCUGGACAGCCGGCAGUAGUGGCACCAUUACAGCUACAACCAUCGUCACCACUAUUUGUAGAACUAAAGCGAGCUAUUAUUAGUCAGAAUCAAAAGUCACAAAAGCAUCAGUCACAAAGACAUCAUCAAAAGCAGGUGGAGGAUUCUUUGGAGGAAACACAGUGUCCACAGUGCGAAGAAGAGGAGAUACAAUAUUUGGCUGAAAAUCUAGACGAUCUUGUUGAAUCUGAGGAGCAACAGUAUUCGCCAGGUGAAGAGGAAGACGACGAAGGUGACGACGAGGACGAAGACGAAGACAACGAAGAGGAUCGUGAGGAGCAGCAUUCGUACGUUGGUGGUGCCACAAGUGAACCGGAUAUUUGUGCAGCAACACGACAACAACAAUUAACUAGAAUACAUCAUAUAGCUAUAGACGAUAUAGCCGCUGGACAGGAUCAUCACGGUCAUCAUCAUCAUCAUCAUCUAUCAAUUUCGGGACAAACAACGUUGGGCGCCAAUUCUCACGCCGACUUCAGGGAAAUCGAGUGCGAGCGACUGCGACGCAAGUGCGUUAGCGUUAAGCGCAUCUAUAGCAUAUCGGAGAAGUUCUAAUUCAGAUUCAGAUUCAGAUUCAGAUUCACUAUCACUCUCAAUCUCAAUCAAUUCGAUAAUUCAGCUCUCAUAACUGUACAGCCCUUCACCAUAUUGCACUUCAAUCCGAUCGGAAAGCAAAAACUAAAAAUCUAAUCAAAAUCGAAAUCGAAAAAAACGCCAAAUCAAAAAAACCAAAAAAAGAAAUCACCAAUCAAAAAUCAAAAACC